AUGGAGUCGAAGCUGUCGAACCUGCACAUUGACAUGCCACCGAGGGCGAAAAUAGAGACGCCGACAUCGAAGAAGAAGCCCCAAGCAGUGGUGGAUUCAUGGGAGGAUGAAGACACAAACUCACCUCAGGACGAAGGUUCCAAUGCGCAGACUCCCACUGACACAUCGGACUCAUCAUUUAAUCCCGCCAAGCGGGUCAACUCUGCUCUAGCACCGCCACCACCUACUCCAAUCUCUCCCGAGCACAAUGGCCAGUCCAUCGAUUGGUCGACGGCGAGGGUGCUAGGAGGCGGACGUCCCACCCCAUACUCGGCGUCCAACCCGUCAUCAACACCCUCGGACUCUGACCGCGAGCGAAGACGGCCUGAGAAGUCGACCGCCACGGCGAGCAGGCUCAUCGCGGCGGGGCUAGGCAUGAAGGCGCCCAAGAAAACCGAGGAGACCAGGCAAUAUGAACGUGCAGUGAGGGAGCAGGAAAUCAAGCGGAAGAAUCGGGAGAAGGAGGCCCAGGAGCGGGAGAAGGAGGCCGAUGAGAAGCUGAAGGCUGCGGUCUGGGAUAGCUGA